GCCAGGGAAACCUGGUUCAGAAUAGUUUGGCCAGGCCAGAGAAAAGGAUCUAAGGAUUGGUUCGAUUUCUUCUUUAACUUCUUCUCAGAAGAACUGAUGUUCGUCGUUUGCGCAGAAUGUAAACCAGGCAGCUGCAAAAUUCUCAUUCGUUUUGAUGGUUGGAUGGCCCCAAAGCGGGCUUCAAUGUCAUUAAAUGGUGGGAGACAAGAUUAGUUUCUUGAGGAGGAGGUCACUUUGAAGCAGGAAGGCAGGCCGGCAACUACAUUUAAGGGAUGGUUCGAACGUAUGAGAGGAGAUUGGUCCAAUCAGAGCUCAAUAGCUUCCAUGACAAUUCCACUCAGCUGGAGAACAAAUCAGAAGUCAUCGGGAACCCGUGGAAUCAGAAACAUGUCUGGACUGGCCUGUACGUAUGCCAAGUGCGUUGUAACAUCAGUUUUUCAAUCAGGGAUCUAGCAGAAACGAUGCUGAAGUCUAGCAUGAAGGCGCUGAGCCAAUUGAAGAAAGUUGAAAGCCACGAGAAAAUAUUCGGAUGUCCGCUCUUCAGUGCAAAUCGAACACAAAGGGUCGUGACUGUCAUCGCGCGGGGCUGAGUUGCGCACACUAGAUUCAGCAGACGGCGCGUACAUCAGGACAGUGCUUGAAGUGACCAAAGAAGCAAAAUCGACGGGUUUCCGUUGAUCCCACAGAUCUCAACCUGGUUGACCCCCACACCAAACCAAUGGUAGGAUCAGAGAGUUCGUUGUGUUUGCUUGGGUUGAGCAGCUGUUGCAAGGAUGGAGGGCUAGAAGAGAAAAGGAGCGUGUCUUCCAAGAUCAGCAGACUAGCAAACUGGUUGGUGAGUGUGAUAGCUUUCGAGGGCUUGAGGUUGACAGCAAGAGCACAAUGCAGAGUUGAGGACAGCGAAAGCCUGAGAGGCAUGUGAGGGGAGGGUAGACAAUUCGAACUUGGCUGUUUUCUAGCAGUUUUUCUUUGUCGUAAUGGUGAAUGCCUUUUUGGACCUUCAAGAGUUGCGUGGAGGAAGUAUACAGCCUUGGGCGACCGAGCAGUGAAAGAGCAGAGUGCGGACAGAGAGCUUGGCUUUUUGAGAGACUAAGUGAACAGUGUGCAUGUCGGAUGGGGCUUGAAUGGAGGAUUCAGAAUUCAUUGAAGGAGUUGGUUGACUGCGUGCCAUCAUGCGAAUGAGAGCUUCUGAGGAAUGCAGCAAAUUCCUUAGCAAGACGUUGCGUUGUGAUGUUGAUAGCAGCGCUGCAAGGAGCAGUGUCUGCAAGAGGCCCAGCUUCAAAGUCACUUCGUGACUGUGUGGGUACUUGGCGGAAUCAGCUAUCCAGGCGUCUACGAAAGUACCCACCAAGCUAUUUAAGAGGCAUCAGCAAAAAUCGGCCAGCAGCUGCCCAAGUAUCCCCAGCUAGCAGAAUAAGACAGGUGUGAAUCAGGCGGCUGGCGGGCAAAAGUUAGGCACCGAACUCCACGGUCCAUGAGAACUUCGUGCGCCGUUGGUCUUUCCUGUCCAAGAAAGGUAGGGUUAUAAGAAGAUCCACUGCUGCGAGGACGCUGGAGCUGCUUCAACCUUAUUCCGCGCCUGCUGAACUUCC